AGUGCUGAGCUUUCGAUCGCUACCUAGAUCUCAUCUCCGUCAUCACUAGCAGCUAGAGGUAGAGCAAGAUGCGGGCCGGCGGCUGCGCGGUGCAGCAGGCGCUGGCGGCGGAGGCGGCGGGCGUGGUGAGGCAGGCGGUGACGCUGGCGCGGCGGCGCGGGCACGCGCAGGUCACGCCGCUCCACGUUGCCAGCGCCAUGCUCUCCGCCACGGGCCUCCUCCGCGCCGCCUGCCUCCAGUCGCACUCCCACCCGCUCCAGUGCAAGGCGCUCGAGCUCUGCUUCAACGUCGCGCUCAACCGCCUCCCCACGGCCGGCCCCGCCGCCGCCAUGUUUCACCAUCAUCCCCACCCCAGCGGCGGCGGCGGACACCACGCGCCGCCGGCGCUGUCGAACGCGCUGGUCGCCGCGUUCAAGCGCGCGCAGGCGCACCAGCGGCGGGGGUCCGUUGAGGGCCAGCCGCAGCAGCCGCCGUCGCCGGUGAUCGCGUCCAAGGUCGAGCUCGAGCAGCUCAUCAUCUCCAUCCUCGACGACCCCAGCGUCAGCCGCGUCAUGCGCGAGGCCGGCUUCUCCAGCUCGCAGGUCAAGGCCAACGUCGAGAAGACCGUUGCGUCGUUGGACCACGCGAACGCGCCGAGCGGCGGCGGUCACGCGGGCUCCCCGAACUCCGGCCAUGGAAGGCCCAAGGACAGUUCCAGAGCGAGGGUCGACGACGACGCCAUGCGCGUGCUCGACUGCAUGGCGAGCGGCAGGAAGCGGUGCGUGGUGGUCGUCGGCGAGGGCGUGGCCGCGGCCGAGGCGGUGGUGAAGGCGGUGAUGGACAGGGUGAGCAAGGCGGAGCUGCACCACCGUCACGAGUGCCUCAAGAACCUCCAGUUCGUGCCGCUCUCCGUCGCGUCCUUCCACGGCGCGCCGAGGGAGGAGGUGGAGGCGAAGGCCGGCGACCUCCGCGCGCUCGUGCGCUCGGGCUGCGCCGCCGGUAAAGGCGUCGUGCUCGUCCUCGAGGACCUCGCCUACGCCGCCGAGGCAUGGGCCGCCUCGUCGAACAACAUGCGGCGACGAACCAGCCUCGGCGGCGGCGGGCAGAGCUACUGCCCCGUGGAGCACGCCGUGAUGGAAGUGAGCAGCUUGGUGUCCGGCGGUGGCGCCGCCAGAGGCGUCGACAGGUUCUGGGUGCUAGGGUUCGGGAGCUACCCUGUGUACAUGAAGUGCAGGGCUGGGCAGCCGCCGCUUGAGUCCGUCUGGGAGCUCCACCCCGUCGUCGUGCCGGACGGCGGCCUCGCCCUGAGCCUCGGCUGCAGUGAAGAAGCACCACAAGCUACCCAAGCAACAGGACCAGCAACCGGGUGGCCCUUCGUUAAUGGCGCCGGCCAGGCGGCGGCGGCGACGGUAAGCCCACCGAGCAUACCGUCGUGGCUCCGCCGGUAUCAAGAUCCAGACCGCACCACACCGGCGAAUUGCGCCACCGGUCUACAGCUGCAAGAUCUGUGGAAUCCCAUGAGAAUGAAUGGAUCAGCACCACAGCAGUACACAUCCGAGCUCACAUUGAGCUUCUCCUCGCCGUCGCCUUCUUCCACCUCAGGCUUCACUGGUUGCUACAACGCUAACACGGUGAGCUCCAAGCCAUGGCAACUCGAGGCAAGGCGGCAGCCAUGGCCAAUUCUUCAUGGACAUCAAGGUCGUCAGACAAUGGCGACGGCAUACCACGAUCAGCCACUGGACAGUACAAACCCUAGCCCUGAUCAGUCCAACUCGGUGUCCAAUUCAUCCGAUGGCGGGGAGCCGAAGCGGGCAAGGUUCACCGAGCUCAACGCGGAGAACCUCAAGAUCCUGUGCAACGCGCUCGAGAGCCACGUCCCGCGGCACGGCGACAUCGUUCCAGACAUCGCGAGCACCGUGCUCCAAUGUCGCUCCGGCAUGAGGAAGACGAAGGCAAGCUCAGCCACCUGGUUGAUGUUCCAAGGAAGGGAUGGCGACGGGAAGAAGGCCAUGGCCCAAGAGCUCGCGAGGCUCGUGUUCGGUUCAUACGCGGACCUCACCUCCAUCUCCGCCGACGAGCUCGCGUCGCCGUACUCCGAUUCCAGCUCCGGCGAGCACACCCUCAAGAGGCAGAGAUCACCGGACGGCGGCGGCAGCAGUGGCCAUGGCUGCGCACAGAGGCUAAGCGAAGCAGUGCGCAAGAACACACACCAGGUCAUCGUGAUCGAUGAUAUUCAGCAACUUGGCCAUGAUUCAGAAGCUACUCUCAAGAAAGCGAUCGCGAGCGGAAGAAUGAGAGCGUGCAACGGCGACGAGAUCGAUCUCGACGACGCUAUCAUAGUGUUGAGCUGCGAAGAGGAGUUCGAUUCAAGGUCUAGGGCUUCAUCCCCUCGUGUCAGGCAGAAGCUAAUGAACACCAACGACGAUGAGGAAAGCAGCAGCAGCUCGGAGAAGGAAUCGGAAAGCUCACCAAGAUGCUUUAGCUUGGAUUUGAAUGCGUGUCUCGAGGAUGAAGAAGGAGACGAUCAGAGCUUCUUGCUUGACAAUGGUGUGGGGAUUCAUGAGAUUGUUGAUGGUGUUUUCUUCUUCGGGUUGAUGGGAGAUUUGUGACAUUAUCUGCUGCCUUAAUUGUCCAUUAAUUUCAUCACUCAGCAAAUUAAUUAAUUAACCUAGAGUAAUUUUCGUUGGUCUUUAUUUUUUUUCCCCUUUUUUUGUACCAAGUUGAAUAGUAGUAUUAGAUAUGCUGUGAAAGCAUUUGCGUGUAUUUCCACGGUGGAAAUUAAUGAGUAGAACUGUAGAAGGAAAGCAAGCAUGUACAU